UUCGUCGGCGUAGAAAUCCUCUGUAGCGCUUCAUUUUCACGCAUCCAGAGAGUCCAUACGACUCCCGUCUCGAUACUGAACUUGUGGACUUUCUCAUUAAGCUUAAAAGUACAGAAGUUUUCGUAAUAAUGAAAUCUCUAUUAUAAAAUAUCAAUAUGGCUUUUCCCAUAACCUCGUUAUCAAAAUGCAACUUUGAGCAACGAAACCUCAUCACGAUAGAAAGGGCAAAACCUGGUUUUCACUUGCAUUACACGGGUGGGUUCAGCGUCGAAAAAAAGGAGUACAGAGUGAUCCUGCCCGGAUUCCUGGAGAAAGGCUGCACAUUCACGUUGGUCUUUGAAUUCCUCGGUGACGCGGCCAACCCAGCAAGCCUGUUCCUGGGAAAAGUUGGCAUGGAAGCUAGCACGUACGCGCAGCUAGAGUUCAGUGACCAGUAUGGCUUCACAACAAGGGAUCAAUCACGUCCUCAAAGCGUGACGGUCAAUUCUAUAACAUCACCCGUGCGGGGGACGCACGUUCUUCAAUACAAAAGCACGGGCUUGUACGUCCAGGUUCAUCUGGACGGCCAGCUGGUGGUGCCGCACGACACCCUAGGCAACAAUGCCCCGGAAUAUGUAAGCUUCUACGUUGGUCACUUUGCAAGCGGAUACACGCUCAAAACGGAGGUUCCGGUCGUCUUCCACGAGCUCCACUACACUAUGGACGACCCCGGUGCUAUUGUCAAGGCAGCCGCGGUUAGGAAAGUGCCGGGUCACUUCGCGUACUUCUUCAUGAUGCAAGACGUGCUCCUCAACGUGGGAGGGUUCGUGCUCUUCUACGGACAGUGGCAACCAAGAGCAAGCAUCAAGUUGGUGUACUCAUGGGUCACAGUGGCGACCUUCGCCGCACCUGAAGACGGAAAGGAGGCGAUCCUGGUGAAAGGCUACCGCGGAAGCUUCAGCGCCGCAGCAGCCAGCAACAACACGGCAUUGCCCGUCGUUGUACCGCAGGCUGAGGCCUCCCUUCGGCGGCUGGCAAUCUCGGAAUUCGAGAAGAUAUUUGAAUAUAGGGCGGUAACGGGUCAAAUGAUGUACGUCUGAACAAGGCUUGUUUUUUACCUUAACUGCGCCACCUGUCGGCGGUUCCUUCCUGCAGGAGGAGACAGCAAGACAAGCUCCUGUUAAUUUGCCAAUUCCAAUCUGAGGUGUGGA